AUGUGGCGCACGCGGAGUUUGAUACUUGGCUUCUUCGCCAUCAUCGGCAUCCAAGCCAGAACGAACCGAGAUGACACCACACCUUCUGUCGCUGAGCGCUUCCUGGGGUACGCGGUAGCGCCGCUCGUCAUGAGGGGAGCCAUCGAACCCGGCGGCGACGAAAUGAGCUUCAACGGCACCGAGAUCGAUGCGCAGAUACGACAGCUAAAGCCGGACUUCUCCUGGGACGACUUCCAGCCAGCGAUGCCGGCCACCGCGAAGGCACCACGAAACGUCCACGGGAAACGAACUUGGCAAAAAGUCCUCUGCCACGUUCAGAACCUCCCAUCGGCCUCAAGGGACUCCAUCGAGGCGAACUACGCAUUCCUAUACAAAAUCGCAACGCCGAUUUCUGCUCCCGGGGGAAGGCAGUGCACGCAGGCAUCGUGCAAGGCCGGCGCGGCCGUCUGGUUUUGUAACGACAACUUGAGCUGGCACGGGGAGGAGAGCCUUGUCAUUGGCGACUAUGUGCACCAUAUUACGGGCACGAAGGAGUGUGAGGACGCGGGGAAUAAUGAGAUGGUUCAGGGGCAGGUGUUUGAUACGGAGGGCUGGAAUGUUAUUGUUAAUGGGGAUUCAAGUUGCACCAGUCCCUAG